AUGGCCGACAUCAAGACGGGCAUUUUCGCCAAGAACGUGCAGAAGCGACUCAACCGCGCGCAGGAAAAGGUCCUUCAGAAGCUUGGGAAAGCUGAUGAGACAAAAGAUGAACAGUUUGAAGAAUAUGUCCAGAACUUCAAAAGGCAAGAGGCGGAGGGUACCAGGCUUCAGCGAGAACUCCGGGGAUAUUUAGCAGCUAUCAAAGGCAUGCAAGAAGCCUCGAUGAAGCUCACCGAAUCGCUGCAUGAAGUCUACGAGCCUGACUGGUAUGGGCGGGAAGAUGUGAAGAUGGUUGGUGAGAAAUGUGAUGUCCUAUGGGAAGACUUUCAUCAAAAACUAGUGGAUGGGUCCUUGCUGACACUGGAUACCUAUCUGGGCCAAUUUCCUGACAUAAAGAAUCGCAUUGCAAAGCGCAGCAGGAAGCUGGUGGACUAUGACAGUGCUCGCCAUCAUCUGGAAGCUUUGCAGAGCUCCAAGAGGAAGGAUGAAAGUCGAAUCUCUAAGGCAGAAGAGGAAUUUCAGAAAGCACAAAAAGUGUUUGAAGAGUUUAACGUUGACUUACAAGAGGAGUUACCAUCGUUAUGGUCAAGACGAGUCGGGUUUUACGUCAACACUUUCAAAAACGUUUCCAGCCUCGAGGCCAAGUUUCAUAAGGAAAUUGCAGUGCUUUGCCACAAAUUGUAUGAAGUGAUGACGAAGCUGGGUGACCAGCACGCUGACAAGGCCUUCACCAUUCAAGGAGCUCCCAGCGAUUCUGGUCCUCUCCGCAUCGCAAAGACACCCUCACCACCUGAGGAGCCUUCACCCAUUCCGAGCCCGACAGCUAGUCCCAAUCACACGCUGACACCUGCAUCUCCUGCACCAGCAAGGCCUAGGUCGCCUUCACAGACAAGGAAGGGGCCUCCCGUCCCACCUCUGCCUAAAGUCACCCCAACAAAGGAACUCCAGCAGGAGAACAUCAUCAGUUUCUUCGAGGACAACUUUGUUCCAGAAAUCAGUGUGACGACACCUUCACAGAACGAAGCCCCUGAAGUGAAGAAAGAGGAGACAUUGUUGGAUCUGGACUUCGACCCUUUCAAGCCUGAGGUGGCACCUGCAGGUUCUGCCGGAGUGACCCACUCUCCCAUGUCACAGACAUUGCCCUGGGACCUAUGGACGACAAGCACUGAUUUGGUACAGCCGGCUUCUGGUGGUACAUUUAAUGGAUUCACCCAGCCCCAGGACACUUCAUUAUUCACAAUGCAGACAGACCAGAGCAUGAUCUGUAACUUGCCUGAGUCUGAACAGGCUCCACCCACAGAGCCGAAAGCAGAGGAGCCCCCUGUCGCUGCCGCACUUGCUGUUGGGCUGGACUCUGGACUGGACACCCAGGCUGAGGAGCCAGUGGAAGGGGCAGUGGUCAUGCCUGGAACAGACGCCGAUGUGGCUGUUGGAACCGUGGUGUCAGCCGCUGAGGAGGCCCCAGUGGAGGAAGCAGAGACGGAGAAGGCAGCUCUUCCUGCUGGGGAAGGAGCAGGUGUAGAGGAGGCCAGGACUGAUGCUGAUACCACACAGGCUGUAGAUAGUGACCGAUCUCAACCGGAAGAACCAGAAGCAGCAGCCCCUCAGGAGAAAGUGAUCCCUUCAGUCGUCAUAGAGCCCGCCUCCAACAAUGAAGGGGAGGGAGACCACGAAGCCCCGGCAGGUGCAGAGUCGGUGGAGACCCCCAAUGCCGCGGCUCUUCCGUGCCCCGCCGGUGAGCUGCCAGAGCUGGCCGCAGAGCCCGAGGCGGGCCAGGACUCCCAGCCACUGCCCUCCACUCCAUCUGCAAGCGAGGCGGCUCAGGAAGUGCCUCCCGGCUUCCUCUACAAGGUGGAAACACUGCAUGAUUUUGAAGCAGCAAAUUCUGAUGAACUUACCUUACAAAGGGGUGACGUGGUGUUGGUGGUCCCCUCAGAUUCAGAAGCUGACCAGGAUGCAGGUUGGCUGGUAGGAGUGAAGGAAUCAGACUGGCUUCAGUACAGAGACCUUGCCACCUACAAAGGCCUCUUUCCAGAGAACUUCACCCGGCGCCUGGAUUAGGGCCAAGAGUAUUGUAGAAAGAGCCUUGUUACUGGGUUUUUACACCUCCGUGAAAACCCGAAGAGUUCACUUUUGCUAUUACACUCUUAAUGAUUUACAGGCUGGUGCCAGAGAAAGCUUGGAAAGAUAUAUCAAUGGAGCAUGUGUGCAAA